AUGGAGAGAUGCCCAUCGACUGUACAAGCAACUCCACCGAUAGAGGACAAUCCUUCCUUCACUCAGCACAUUUUGUGGGCACCGAAGAAGAAGCGCUUGCAUCGAAGAGUUAUUUCAUCAGAACUUCCUUCGAGCGCAAGAGCUCAUUCACAUUCGAAAAUUAGAAAGCGCUUGAUAUACCCAUCUCUGGAAGACGAUGAGAGAAAAGACGAAGAAGAAGAAAAAAGGCACCUGCUUGAAUGUAAACAGGAUUCAUACAACGAGGAAAAGCAUUCUUUAAGGACACCGGAUUGUGCAGGAGACAAGCGAAAUGAUGUUCAUCUCAAAUUGUUGAAGCCAACGGAUGCACGCGCUCAGCUGCUCAAAACUAACCACAAAGGCAGAAAUGUGGAUCCACAGCGCAUUAAAAGGAAGUUGGCUUUAAGCAGCUUUCGUUGA